AUGAUAAACGACAUAUUGGAAAUUAUGAGAAGCGGACAGGUGUGGAAUGGUGUUGGUUUUAAGAGAGUUGACAGGAAAGUGCUGGCAGAAUGGACGAAGAAGGUGAAUAGAUUAGUGUCAGAGAUACAAACUACCAUGAAUAUCACUGACACCAAUAAAUUGAUUAAUGCUACUGCGAUUUACAUAGCAAGACAAGUUGGGCUCAAAAUGGGUGGUUGCGAGGGAAAAGGAAGCAAAGAACCUCGGUGGAAAAGGAGAAUCAAAGACUAUUGCAGAGUUACGGAGGCACGUCAACAUCCUGGAAAGAUCUAAACAAAGGAAACUUGAAAGGAAGGAAAAGUACACCAAGUUGGAGAGGAAGUAUAACAUCAAACAGAAAGGAGAAAAGGUUAGAAUUGAAGAACUCAAGCAAAGACUGCAGGCUAACUCUGUAAAGUUGAAAAGGUAUGAACAGAGGAUUCAUUGA